AUGAAAACCUCAUCAUCAAUUGCAAUAUUUUCUCUCCUCUUUUCCCUUACAUUUUCCAUCUCAUGGGCUUCAAGCAGCCCCCACAAUGCCCCACCCCACGAGGCAUUCGUCGGGUGCCUCCGAACCCGCUCCGACCCAUCAAACCCAAUCCUUCCGAAUCUUUACACCCGAACCAACUCAUCCUACCAACCGGUUCUCGAAGCCUACAUCCGCAACCUAAGGUUCAACGAGUCCACCACUCUUAAACCGAGACUCAUUCUCACUGCAACCCACGUGUCGCACAUCCAGUUGGCCGUUGUGUGCGCGAAAUCCCACGGCCUCGAGAUGAGAAUCCGAAGCGGAGGCCACGAUUAUGAAGGUAUCUCCUAUCGUUCCACGAAUAACCCUAACUUCUUCGUGCUCGACAUGUUCAACUUAAGGUCCGUGAACGUCAGCACGGGCGACGAGUCGGCCUGGAUCGAGUCCGGAGCCACCCUCGGCGAGAAUUUCACGAAUCUCGUCGACCGCUACCAACGUGUCAUGGCCGGAGCAUUGCCGGAAGAUCUAUUCCUCCGGUUGACCCUAGACGUCGCGAACCGGACGAAUAGGGCCACAUUCACCGCCAUGUUUCUCGGGAGCUCGGACGAGCUCCUGCGCGUCGUGAGGCAGGAACUUCCCGAGCUCGGGCUUACGCAGGCCGACUGCCUGAAAAUGAGAUGGAUCGAUUCGGUUCUCUUCUGGACGAAUUUCCCAAUAGGAACUCCGACAAAUGCGCUCCUCAUUCGGGUCCCGCAGACUCUCAACCGCUUGAAGCGGAAAUCGGACUAUCUCCAAAAACCGAUACCCAAACUAGGCCUAGAGUCGAUAUUCGGGAAAAUGUUGGAGUUACAAUACCCGAGUCUCGUGUUCAACCCUUAUGGAGGCAAAAUGGCCGAAAUUUCGCCGUUGGCCAAGCCGUUCCCCCAUAGGGCCGGCAACAUUGCCAAGUUCCAGUAUGCCUUGAACUGGGACGAAGCUGGUGAAGAAGCCGAACGGCGAUAUUUGGGCUCGAUAACCGAGCUUUACGACCACAUGACGCCGUACGUUUCCAAGGACCCAAGGGGAGCCUUCUUCAACUACAGGGACCUCGAUAUUGGGGUUAACGAUAACGGUAAAAAUAGUUACCGCGAAGGGGCCGUUUACGGGGUUAAAUAUUUCAGGGCAAAUUUUAACAGGCUGGUGAAAAUUAAGACAAGGGUUGAUCCGGACAAUUUUUUCAGGCACGAGCAAAGUAUUCCGGUCUUGCCCUGGAAGAAGUAA